UCCUGUCAAAUACGGCCAGCUCAGCUCCGGCGAUCUCCGCUUUGCUUUGCUGUCAAACUUCCCAUCCAAAAAAAAAAAUCUCUCCGGAAUCGCGUCCACAGAAAACUUUCCAAUUUCUUCCGUGUCCCGAAACGCGCGCGCACCCAGAACCGUCUUUCCCCCCGGGUGUGUAGUAGAUUCGCCGCGCCGAGUGUUCCCAGAGUUGAGCAAUGGAUCGCUUCGGGGUUGUUUUGCUGGCGCUGGUCGGCGCCACCGCACUGUUCCAGACGGCCCAGGCCAUCAUGUUUGGGCUGGAACCGAACACGCAGAAAUGCCUCAAGGACGACAUGCAGGGCAACCAGAUCGUGGCCGGCGAGUACGAGGUGACGGGCGCGCCCGGCCAGAAGAUUAACUACGUGGUGCGGGACAGCAAGGGCCACAUCAUGUCCCAGAAGGAGGACAUCAGCAAGGGCAAGUUCACCUUCACCAGCGAAAUGUACGACACGUUCGAGAUUUGCUUCAUCUCGCAGGUUCCGCCGACGCACCGCGGCGUGAACCAGGAAGUGUCCCUCGACAUCAAGAAGGGCAUCGAGACCAAGAGUUACGAAGGGCAGUUUAUGAGUGCUAUCGGUGAGGCGGCCAAGCUCAAACCGCUCGAGGUGGACCUGAAGCGCCUGGAGGAUCUCUCGGAUGCCAUCGUGCAGGACUUUGCGCUGAUGCGAAAGCGCGAGGAGGAGAUGCGCGACACCAAUGAGAGCACCAACAGCCGCGUGCUGUUCUUCAGCAUCUUCAGCAUGUGCUGCCUGCUGGGGCUGGCCACGUGGCAGGUGCUCUACCUGAGAAGGUACUUUAUCGCCAAGAAGUUGAUCUAAUUCGUGGUGGAAGGUGGAAAGCGGGGUCAGGAAGAGGAGGCAUUUUGGGAGCCGUGCUUAGAAGAAAUAAAUCAACUUUUUGGAGAAGACAGUGCAUCAAUCUGAGAAAGAGAGAGAAAACAAAAGUUGAAGAUCUGUGCUUUGAUACGAAUUGCGGGGGUAUUAAAUAAAUUGAGACGGGGUUCAAAGAGGGAACAAACAAAACAAAAACACAGAAAUACUUAUUUGAAAAUCCGAUUCAGUUUCGUUUUGCUUGACGUCGUAAAAGGUCGCAAAUAUACUUUUAGGUUUGUUUUACUCAUGCGUUAUUUUGAGUUUCUAAUCAAAUUGAAUAAACACACCGAGUGUAGCUUACAAUUUUUUUUUGUUGGACGGUGUAUCGACUCGAGCUCAAAUAUGAUUAGACCCGAUUAUUCACCUAUUUUUCAGUUCUCUCCCACACACAAUUAAUACAAUUUGUUUCUGGUUGUCAUAAAAGAAGGUUUUAUAUCUAGUUAAUUUAGGCAUCGAUAAGAAAACUAGGUUUGACGCAGUGAAAUAAAUGAAUUUAAGAAAAGAAAA